AUGUAUUAUUUUUUUGCCUACGUUGAGGAUUCAGGUUAGAGAGGGGACAGAAGAGAGGCAGUAGGGGCAAAUCUUUCUGGAUGAGGUGUGCAGCGUCCUCAGCCUCCCCGAGCUGCUCUUUUCUUUUCCUUUCCCUGCUUAUCUUCUUUCUUUCUUUCACGAGGCUGGAUCUACAGUGGUGCGGAGGUCCGCUGGGUGCUCAGUUUUUGCGCAGGAAUUGUUCUGGAUGCAUGUUUUGUUUAGGAAAGAUGACGGACUAUGUGUAGGAAAUAUGGCAGCGCUCCAGUUAUUGUGGAUGUGUAGGAGAUAUAACUACGCCCCCGUCGUGGCGACAGGUUGCUUUAUUUUCUCUUGGGCUGCCUUAUUUGAUGUAAAUUUGCCGUCAAUAAUAACUUGCCUAGUUAACAAGUGUGGCGUCAUGGCGCGAGGUAUCGCGGUGACCUGUGAGCUCCCCCAUCAUUUGUCUCUAUUCCCUGACAGGUACGACCAGACGCCCCGCCACCUGGCAGCCAUGUUCGGCCACAAGAGCACCGAGCAGCUGCUGGCACUACACGAGGCGCAUAAACUCCCCUGCCGUGCGGGCACCACCGCCGACCAGGCAAGCCGCAACUAUGACGCCUACCUCCAGAGAUACGAGAAGCUUGGCUGCAAGGAACGCGACUCCCUGUCGCCUAUUGACCACCACGACCCAGAGCGAGUCACGUGCAAGCUCAUGGAGGCCAUCGGAGUCCAGGAGCUGUGGGAGAAGGCAAGUGAUAUCCGUGUUGAUUUUUCAGGUGGCGAGGCCCUCGAGGUGAAGGCGGCAGUGAUGAAGGAGCUGCAGUUCAUCGUCAAGAAGAUUGGAGAGGAAGAAAGCCUAUACAAGAGUAACCUUAGGCUGGUGGGCAGCUCAGAAGAUGGGUCAAAAAUAUACUGCCCCGACGAGUUCGACGUCAACCUUGUUAUUACAAGGAAAGACGUCGAAGUCGAGGUGGAAAAGACACCGGAAGAACAGGAAGCAUCAAAAGGUAAGUAUAAAUUGGUACUGGCCCACGCGCCAGGUCUUGAAGGAAACAUUGUGAUGGACAAGCUGUUCCUUCUCCUGCAGAAGUGUCUCGUAAAGCACACACUGCAGGACAAAAGGCUGAGCUUCGUUCCGCCCUGCCUGAGCAGCACGCAGGUGGGCGUGGCCCUCGACCUGGCCUGGCAGGGGAAGGAGUAUCCCCUCCUCCUGGUCGGUGUAGACCUCGUGCCCGUACUGGAGCUGCCAUGGCAUGACGCAAUAACAAAACCAAAGCUCAUGAAAGACAAACCCAAAACAUUCCAUGUCAGCAAUACUGCUGACGGGUCGUGGCGAUGCAGUUUUGCCCUGUCAGAGGCAGCGGUGCUGAAAGGAUUGUCCGACAUCCAACGGCGUGUGUUCGUAAUGGGGAAGGUUCUGCUUUCCUGCCUCAAGGCCGAGCCGUGGAUGCCACAGGACAUGAAGCACCACUGCACCUGGUUUGUUAACAGGGAGUGGAAAAUCAGUACCCCAAGUGGCUUCUGCUUCAAGAACGCUUUCCUUGGGUGGCUGAGGGAUCAGCCAGCAGAACAACACGUCACCAGGGAGGAGGAGGUUCAGUUUUGCGCGAAGGCACUGAUAGCCAUUUUUAGGCAGUUGUGUGCUGUUCCCACGGAAGAGCGUGGCAAUCUGUCGCCAGGCAAGAUCCCUGCACACUUUGGAGGAGACUUCGAAGGCGUGAAAGUUGGAGAAGGCGCUCAUCUCAUCGUGCGCUGCCUGGAGGAACACUUGGAAAAGAAGCCAGGAAAGCAUGAAGACGCUGAUAUGAAUGAAGAAACUAGAAUGCUUUGGAUUUGGUUUGCAAGGAUUUUGCAGAAUGCAAGGGUUCGUUUGGUUGAAUAGGCAUUGUUAUCACCCUCUGGAAUAGGUGUUAGAAAGGCAAUUCACAUGCCACAGACAUUAUAAUACAUUGCUUGACGUAUAUCAUGGUAACACUGAUUGUGUGUGUGUGUGUGUGUGUGUGUGUGUGAGAGAGAGAGAGAGAGAGAGAGAGAGAGAGAGAGAGAGAGAGAGAGAGAGAGAGAGAGAGAGAGAGAGAGAGAGAGAGAGAGAGUGGUGGGACAGUUAUCGUCCGUCGAGAUAUACAUGACUGAUGAAAUACGACGCUUUGGUUGGCCCGCGCCUGCCUUGUUUGCCCAAGCCGCUGCAAGAACGCUGUUCCGAUGGGCAUCUGGAUAGCGAGUUUGUCAAGUUGAGCCCCAAGGCCGAGCCGAUGGCUGAGUGGUUAGCGUGCAGGCGCGGCGUCAAGGAAGACGUGGGUUCGCGUCCCGCCCGCUGCCACAUCCUGGGAUUAUUCAGUCACCGCCGAGUGGCCCUAGACUACCCCCAUACGCUGUCCUGAAAACCACUCAUAAACCCGGACUCUAGACUCUCUAAAAAGGGGAUCAAAGUUGAGCUCUCGGGGGCGGCAUGAGCCAACAAGAUGGCGCCAUUGUAAACACUUGCCUGCGCCAUAGCACGCUGGGGCAGACCAUCAGGCCCCAACGUGGACUACCGGUGCCAUUGGUGAAACGUGGCCAAUAGUAACGAUUACCAGCCAGCCGUGCCCUCCCAGCCCUGGCCACGCCCUCCUCCCUGUACGUACUUAAACGCACAUGCUUUGGACGCCUUGGAUCAGGCGCCAACGUAUAGGUGUUGGCGUAGCCUGGAUCACGAGGCUGUGUAGACUUUUGCAGUCUUGCUUACAUGUUGCUGCAUGGUGUUGCGUAGCCGGCACGAAGCCUCGUCUGCUGUGUUCACGCAAACUGUUGUGUUGUGUUAAGGCCGCACCCUUUAGUGCUGGUGUUACCCUGGACAGAGCGGCAGUCUGUCCUGUGAACCCAUAUUGUUGUGUUAAAGGAGCUGCCUAGUACAGGCCUACCGGCCUCUUGUAGACUCCUGCGUUCUUAUGUUCUUAUGUUCUUUUAGUGCUGGUGUUACCCUGGACAGAGCGGCAGUCUGUCCUGUGGACCCAUAAUGUAGUGUUGUGUUAAGGCCGCACCUUUUAGUGCUGGUGUUACCCUGGACAGAGCGGCAGUCUGUCCUGUGGACCCAUAAUGUUGUGUUGUGUUAAGGCCGCACCUUUUAGUGCUGGUGUUACCCUGGACAGAGCGGCAGUCUGUCCUGUGGACCCAUAAUGUUGUGUUGUGUUAAGGCCGCACCGUUUAGUGCUGGUGUUACCCUGGACAGAGCGGCAGUCUGUCCUGUAUAACCAUAAUGUUGUGUUGUGUUAGUCUGGAUUAAGUGUUUGUAAGGUUUUUGUACUGUACCGCAUUGAUUCUCUCUCUCUCUCUCCCCACCUCUCUUUCUGUAUAUAUUUACAAAUAUAAUCACGCUAAUGAACUCAUCAGUGCCCUGUUACUGAGGUGCAGACACGGGAUAUAUGAAACACGUGACUGCUGACGCUCUGCCCAAUACUCCCGCGGCCUCGCUGCACAAGCUUUCCUGCUCUGGCUCACCCUUCUGCUGUCCCAAUCCCUCAUGCAAGGGUUAGCCAGCGUCUCCGGUCGCUCCUUCCCCUCGCUCUGGAACAGCCUCUCCUCGCCUGUGUGUGUACCUUCCAGGACACAGACGCCUUUAAAAGGGGAGGAUCGGGGCGGUUUUCCCUCCGUGCUCUCAUUAUGUCUUUGGAUCCACUUCCACUUUCCUCCUCGUCGGGAAGUGCUCUGCAGGCUCCUUCCUUUAUUUCCUUGCGGAGCCUCCCCCUGCGGUGCGGGAACACAUGGUGGUUCAGGGUGUGACUGUAGAGCUGUUCCAUGUCACACUUGCUGCCAGUAUCUUAUAAGUGUUCGGAGAGUUCAAUCCGCACCCCAUGGCGUAGUGUUAACACUGUUCCCAUGUUAUCAAUGCCCCACACUACGGGCCAGCAGUGUGGGCAUGGGCACAGCACCCCAUGGCGUGGUGUUAACACUGUUCCCAUGUUAUCAAUGCCCCACACUACGGGCCAGCAGUGUGGGUAUGGGCACAGCACCCCAUGGCGUGGUGUUAACACUGUUCCCAUGUUAUCAAUGCCCCACACUACGGGCCAGCAGUGUGGGUAUGGGCACAGCACCCCAUGGCGUAGUGUUAACACUGUUCCCAUGUUAUCAAUGCCCCACACUACGGGCCAGCAGUGUGGGCAUGGGCACAGCACCCCAUGGCGUAGUGUUAACACUGUUCACAUGUUAUCAAUGCCCCACACUACGGGCCAGCAGUGUGGGCAUGGGCACAGCACCCCAUGGCGUAGUGUUAACACUGUUCACAUGUCAGCAAAUGUUUUCCUCUGUCUAGUAUCGCUGAGGCUUUGGUGGUGUUACUUGAAGUGUGGCUGAUGCAUUUUGAGUUAGGUCAAUAUAAUUAUAUUCCAUGGUAAUUAUCAUUUCUGUGUGUGCUUUGACAUCAUAUAUCUAUAUUGGAACGGCCAUUACAUUGUUUGUUACCUGCAAAUAACAGUUAGUGCGUCUUUUGUACAUUUAGAGACAGUUUCACAUGUUGGCAAUGCUUAAGUCUGUGUAGCAUGGCCGAGGAUUUAGAGAGGUUACGCUACACUCUGAUUCAUGUCAACACAUAUCCCAUGGUGGUUAACAGAGCUGGGUCUCGGUGUGCCGUGACUGCAUGUUUCUGCACUGAAGUGAACAUUACAUUGUGGAUUACAUGCAAAAGUCAGUUGGUGUGCUUUACGUACAUUGCAGGCCCUUUGUCAGUAGCCGGGUGCAUACUAAUUUGAGCUCCGCGUCUGAAUUUAUUCAUUUUUUUAUUUAUAUUUUUGACAAAGGAAUGUCAGACCCAGCGCGGAUGAUGCUGGUGCCACCAACAUAUGCAGAGUGAUUUUCCUGUUUGUUAUCGACAGUGUCAUAGAGAUAUAAGCUAAAUAAAAGAAGGCCUAAUGUAACCUUGAGGCACCCUUGAGGGCUUUCAGCAGAUGUUGUUACCAUCACACCAGUGUUUACGGCGCACUCACUCGUAUCGUUUACACAACUCCUGAACAGACUUUUCAGGAUUCUGUAAACCACAAUGUUGUAAUUUCCUCAGCAGUAUUUCAUGAUCUUGGGUAUCAAAAGGGUUUUUAUCACCAAGGAAAAUACUAAUUAUUGUAAAUUCUCCGUUUCCCUGAUCUUGUAGCAUUUUGGUCAAUAAAGUGUGU